UUUUUUUUAAUGCAUACUUUAGCCUUUCAAAAUUAACCAUGAUAGCUUAAUGUCUAUAUCUUAUGUUAAUAUAUUAUGUUCUUAUUAUUCUUUUUGCUUCAAAUGGCCGUUAACUUGGGUUUGGUUAAUUUGAACCACCGGCUAGUGGCCACACAUGACCAUAACUCAACCAAACCAACAAACAUAAACUCUAUGAAUUGAGCUUCUUAUAUAUCAAAAAUAAAAAGGCACACCAAAAAUUUCAUUCACUAGUACUCAUCUCUCUCUAUCUCUAUCUCUCUUGUACAUGCUAAGAAUUUGAAGUGUGAUUUCUUUUGGAGUUUUAGUUUUCCUUUCUUCAAAUUAAGAAGAAUCUUGAAAAAUAUAUUGGUGGCAAAGAUGGGAGAGAUGUCAAAAGUUCAAUUGGGGGUUAUUGGUGCACUAUUUCUAUCUGUUGCUUCAUCUGUCUCCAUUGUCAUAUGCAACAAAGCCUUAAUGAGCAAUCUUGGCUUCCCAUUUGCUACAACACUUACAAGUUGGCAUUUGAUGGUUACUUUUUGCACCCUACAUGUGGCUCUACGUUUCAAUCUAUUUGAGGCCAAACCUGUUGACAUGAAGACAGUCAUGCUUUUUGGUAUUCUAAAUGGUGUCUCCAUUGGAUUUCUCAACUUGAGUCUUGGCUUCAAUUCCAUUGGAUUCUAUCAGAUGACAAAACUUGCAAUCAUACCAUUCACAGUUAUGCUAGAAACUAUUUUCCUAAAGAAGCAAUUCAGCCGGAACAUAAAACUAUCUCUAUUCUUCUUACUUAUUGGAGUUGGCAUUGCCUCUAUCACAGAUCUUCAGCUCAAUUUUGUUGGAACCAUUCUUUCACUUCUAGCUAUCAUUACAACAUGUGUUGGCCAAAUUCUUACCAACACAAUACAGAAGAAGCUUAAUGUGACUUCAACACAACUUCUCUACCAAUCUGCUCCAUUCCAAGCAGCAAUUCUUUUUGUUUCAGGCCCUUUUGUGGAUCAGAUGCUAACCAAGCAAAAUGUCUUUGCAUACAAAUAUUCUUCUAUAGUCUUGACUUUCAUCAUCAUGUCCUGUGUGAUAGCUGUUUCUGUGAACUUCAGCACCUUCCUAGUUAUAGGAAAAACAUCUCCUGUAACAUAUCAAGUGUUAGGCCAUCUCAAGACAUGUCUUGUUCUAGGAUUUGGUUACACAUUGCUCCAUGACCCUUUCACUGAAAGGAAUAUCAUUGGAAUAUUAGUAGCAGUUUUUGGAAUGGGAUUGUAUUCUUAUUUCUGCACUCAAGAGAACAAAAAGAAACAAUCAGUUGAUCCUCCUUUAUCGUCUCAGGUUAAAGAUAAAGAUGAUUCACCACUUUUGAAUGGCAAAAACAUGGACAAUAAAGAAAAAGAGAGCCAUGAGAAAUUAAGCAAGGAUUCUCUUGUUUAAAAAAAACAUUAUUUGUGUUAUUUUUAAGAUCUUUUAUAUUUUGAGGGUUAUUUCAAUGUUUAAUCAUGGCACAUUGUCUAGUGUAAAUCAAAUUUUGUUUAGAGAUUCAUUUUGAUGCACUCUCUUAAUGUAAAAGAACUUGUUUACCCUUUACAUAAUGUCAUAUCAUUUUAUGAUUUUGACAAAUUCAUGUUUUAUAUAUUAAA